AUGCAACAAUACAUUGCCUUUGCCGCCCUUGCCGGCCUUCUGCCUUUGGUCCACGGACAUGGUUUCGUGACCAACCCUACACCGCGCCUGCCCGGCUCGGCCAUGGAAGCUGCAUGUGGCCAGCAGGCCUACAAUAACCAGGAGGCGGACCGCUAUGGAAAUGUGCAGGGCAUGCUACAGGUCGCCAGCUCACAGAGCGACUACAAUGCUGCCGAGUGUGACAUCUGGCUCUGCAAAGGAUACAAGUACGCGGACAACAAGAAAAAUGUCUACUCGUACUCUGCAGGCCAAACGGUCGACUUUACGGUGGACAUCCGGGCCCCGCACACCGGUGUCGCCAAUGUCUCGGUCGUCGACACAGCAUCUAACACCGUCAUUGGUGAUCCGCUGGUCUACUGGCCGGUCUAUGCUUCCGUUGCCACCACCCUCCCUGCCAACGAUACCAAGUUCAGCGUUACCAUCCCGGAUGACCUAGGUGACAAGUGUACCACCGGCGGUGCUUGCGUACUCCAGUGGUACUGGUAUGCUCAGUCGAUUGAUCAGACGUACGAGUCCUGUGUAGACUUUACCGUCGGUGGCUCGGAUUCGGGCUCCGGUUCUUCCAGCUCUGUCGCCGCCUCGCAGGCCGUGACAAGCUCAUCUACUCCUGCCGAGACUACGUCUGCCCCUGUGCAGACCACCGCUCCUGUAGAGCCCUCUUCUGCCCCCGCUCUCGAGGCUUCCACCACUCUUGCUACUCGUGCUCGUGCCUCUGCCACUUCCUCAGCUGCCACGUCCGGCGGAGCUACUGCCGGCGUCAUUCCUGUGAACGGUAGCGCCGAAGAGCAGUUGAGCUGGGUUGAAUCUGUUGUCAAGUACCUGGCCAGCGGAAACUAG